AGAUUAAAAGUCUUUUGAAAUCGCUUUGGGGUUUCAUAGUUGGCCAUGGAAGCUCGUCCGGGUCGAGAAAUGUCAUCAAACAGCAGCAACAUAAGCAACCCAACUGAAGAAGUAGAGAUAAACAUGUACUUGAAAAUCAUCAAAACUGUGGCCAUUAAAGUUAAGAGAUCCGAGACUAUUAGGAAUGUUAAAGCGUUGUUGUGUGACAAGGAAAGCAUAUCGGAAAAUCUUCAGGAGCUGUUUUUCACUGGCGAACGGCUCAAGGAUGACCAAAAGUUAGUUGAUUAUGGCAUUCAGGAAAACUCAACUCUCCAUCUUGUUACUCAAAAUCCGGUUGGAUUGAAACUGUUUGUCAAUAUACCGUCAAAGCAAAGAACAAUUGAGGUCGAAGCAAAGACACAUGAUACCAUUCAACACUUAAAAUCCCUGAUUGAAGCAAAAGGGGUGAUGUGCAAGAAGCAGUACAGCCUCAUCUAUGCUGGUAAGCUACUUGAAGAUUACAUGCCAUUGGCCUCUAUCAGAAUGCAGGAAAAUUCAACCCUUCAUUUAGUUUUCAAUCCUAGAGAUGUGUUGUCAUUUUCUGUAGAAAUGCCAACUGGAAAGAUCAUGAAACUAGAAGUUAAGGUCUGGUCCACUGUCUGUGAUAUCAAGGCAAUAGUUGGAAGCAUGGUUGGUUUCUCUGUCAGUGGUCAGAGUCUAAUAUAUGAAGGAAGGCUACUUGAAGAUUCAAUAUCUUUAUGGUGUUACGACAUCAAAGAAGAAUCUGUCUUAAAAAUGUCACCUCCCUCAUUUCAGAUUUUUGUUAAGAGAUGGAAUGGGGGAACCACAACUCUUGAUGUGAACCUACUGGACACUAUCAGAGAUGUGAAGAACCUUAUUUUUGAUAAAGUGGGCAUUCCAGUUAACCACCAGACUAUUGUGUAUCUUGGAAAACCACUAGAGGAUGGUCUAAAGUUGGCUAGUUAUGGCAUCCUGAAGGACUCCACUCUCCAACUUCGCUGCUUCCAAUGGAAAAAAAAAUGAAAGCACCAGUAAAAGAAGCAUUCCUCCAUGGCAGGGCACUCCAAGACCGCUUUCCUUUGGCUGAUAAUGCUAUGAAGAAAAGAAAUUUUUUUUUUGUUGUUGUUGUUUCGGAAGAACGUUAUUUUUUAAUGAUGCUGGGGAUGUUUCGGGUUGGAGGGUUCCCCAAUCCCAAUUGUUGUCCUUUUGGCUUGACAGAUAGACAUAAUGC